AUCUCACAAACCUUGAAGACAGUAGUAGACAAGCCAUUUUGGAAAUAAGAGUAAUGUUGUUGUCGAUGUCAACAACCUUUUUCAUUGCAUCGUAGUUGUUUUUAUUUAAAAUUAAAAAAGUGAGAAACAUAAAGGUUAAACUUCAAUUACGUGGUGAUAUAUACAUAAUAGAACGCUGCAGUUGAAAAAAAAAUUAACAUGAAUCGUACUGACGGUUUAGUACAGAGGAGAAGAGUAGUUAAUAGUAGCAAUACACUAGGACAGGAUGGAAAUUCUGAUUCAAGUGGGAUUUCGAAUGACCAAUCAUCUGGUCAUGGACCUGAUCUCGAGGGUAAUUCAUUGAAAGAUUUUAAUUCUAAUCCAACUCUAGAUGAAGACUCAGAUAAAGAAACCAGAUUGACGUUAAUGGAAGAAGUUUUGUUGCUUGGAUUAAAAGAUAAAGAGGGCUAUACUUCAUUUUGGAAUGAUUGUAUAAGUUCUGGGUUGAGAGGAUGUAUAUUAGCAGAAUUAGGUCUUCGUGGCAGAGUUGAAUUAGAAAAAGCUGGAAUGCGAAAGCGAGGUUUACUAACUAGAAAACUAUUGGUGAAAAAUGACGCUCCUACUGGUGAUGUACUAUUGGAUGAAGCUUUAAAACAUCUAAAAGAAUAUGAACCACCAGAACCAGUUCAAAGUUGGAUUGAAUAUUUAAGCGGAGAAACAUGGAAUCCCCUAAAGCUGAGGUAUCAGUUGAAAAAUGUUCGAGAACGAUUGGCGAAAAAUUUAGUUGAAAAAGGUGUCCUCACAACAGAAAAACAAAAUUUUUUAUUAUUUGAUAUGACAACACACCCAUUGACUGACAAUCUAGCCAAAACUCGACUCGUCAAAAAGAUACAGGAAGCUGUUCUAUGUCGCUGGGUAAAUGAUGCUAGUCGUAUGGACAGAAGAACUCUGGCACUCGUUUUUCUAGCCCAUGCAGCUGAUGUGUUAGAAAAUGCAUUUGCACCUUUAUCAGAUGAUGAUUAUGAAGUAGCCAUGCGUCGAGUAAGAACAUUAUUAGAACUCGAUUUUGAAGCAGAAGCCUCUAAGUCCAAUGCAAAUCAAGUUUUAUGGGCUGUAUUUGCAGCAUUUACAAAGUAACAUUAUCCUCUAAACUUAAAAUAUGAGGAAUCUACUCUAAACGUGACAUAAAUUACAAUCAAGUGGUUGGAAGUAUUCUAAUUUUACUACUUUGAAUAGAAAACUUCUUCCACAAUGAUUCAUCUUCCCAACAUUUUACUGGCGAGAAAUUAUGCAGAAAGAAUAUGAUGAUAUAUUUCUCACCGCAAUUUUUUUUUUUUUUUUUUUUU